AUGAAUAGGUCCGUCAAGUGGAAAAUCGAAAAGUGUGAUGUACACAUCCUGGCAGCUGUCAAAAAAGAUGAACCUCUUCCCCACAACCAACAAACAUACGGGCACAUGUAUAUUAGCCCCGAGUUAACACCAUGUGUGGAAGAUUUACCCAUGAUCAAACCUGCUUCACGUCCCGUCCACUGGAGUUUAGUGGUUGAAACCUUGGAGUAG